AAAUGGUCUCCACCCCAUGGCAAAAUGGGUAGAACUGCAGGAAUUUAGCAAUAAAACUGCAAAAAAGCCUCUAACCCAAACGACCAUUGCCGGCACUGCAUCCAGUUGUUAUAUUAUGCUACAGCAAGGAUAAGCAACACCGGGAGUUGGAACCGGAAAAUAGUCAAAGGCAAGUUCGCGCUGAAAAGAGCAUUUGCUCGUUUCCGUAUCAUAGACAUUAACACCAGGGUCGGAUUUAGCUGUAGCCUAUGCUGAGGUGAAGUUGAAGUGAACAGCCAAAGUCAGGAGCCGACCUUUUCAACUGGAGAUGGAAAAAGUGUUGUCGUGAGCGGGAGAGAAGAAGAGAAGAGAAUUGAAGAGAGAGAGAAAGGGAGAAAAAAAAUCAACUAACCUACCUAUUAGCCUUAGUGACGCAUCACAGCAGGACAUUUGACAGAAUCUAAAAUCAUUCAACCCAAGACGGACACGGACGAGGCAGUGUGGAGCAGGCAAUGUUGUGGAGUGUGGGUUUCGGUGGCAGGAUGACGGUGGCCAAGCUUCUCCUAUCCUUCUUCAUCCUAAACUCCUUUUGCGAAGCCUCCAACCAGCCUCCACGCUUCCAGAACUACUUUUUCCACUCCUAUCUUCUCAUCUACGAGAACACACCAGUCGGCACAUCAGUAACCCAGCUGCAGGCGGAAGACCCAGACCAGGAGCCCCUCAUUUUCGGGGUAGUGGGAGAGGAGGCCAUGAGGUACUUUGCAGUGGAGAGAGACAGUGGAGUAGUGUGGCUACGACAGCCCUUGGACCGCGAGGCCAAGUCGGAGAUGCAGGUGGAGUUCUUUGUGAGUGACAGCCAAGGGGUGGUCAAAGACACAGUGAAUAUUCAGAUAGGAGAUGUGAAUGACAACUCCCCUACUUUCCAUGGCCAGCCAUACACAGUACACAUUGCAGAGAACACUCCAGUGGGCACCUCAGUCUACCAGGUGAAUGCCACAGACCCAGACCAAGGCACGGGGGGCAGUGUGCUCUUCUCUUUCCAGCCCCCCUCUUCCUUUUUCUCCAUCGAUGGAGCCCGUGGUACAGUCACUGUCACCAGGGCUCUGGAUUAUGAGACCACAUCGGCCUACCAGCUCACCGUCAAUGCCACGGACCAGGAUAAGAAGCGCCCUCUGUCCAGUCUAUCUAAUUUAGCCAUCACCAUCACUGAUGUUCAGGACAUGGACCCCAUCUUUACCAACUUACCCUACAGCACCAACAUAGGGGAGGACGUCCCACCGGGCUAUGAGGUGCGCAAGAUAAGAGCCAUUGACCAGGAUCUGGGGAGACCAAGAGGCAUCGGCUACACCAUCAUCUCAGGCAACACCAACAGCAUAUUUGCUCUGGCCUACAUCAGUGGCUCUUUGACUGUGAAUGGACAGCUGGACAGAGAGAACCCCCUCUACUCAUCCGGAUUCACUCUAACCGUCAAGGGCACGGAGUUGAAUGAUGACCGUAGCCCGACGGAUGCCUCGGUGAUGACCACCUUCACCAUACUGCUGAUUGACAAGAACGACAACGCGCCCAAGUUCAACAGCUCCGAGUACCGAGUGCGUAUCACUGAGCUGGCCCAGGUGGGUUUCGCCCUACCCCUCUUCAUCCAGGCUGAGGACAAGGAUGAGGGAGUGAACAGUAUGUUUCAGGUGUUCCUAACGGGGAACAACUCGGAUCACUUCACCAUUUCACCCACAGCGGUGCAGGGCCGUGCUGAUAUCAGGGUGAGGGUGGACGUGCCUCUGGACUACGAGAACAUCCAAAGAUACAGCUUCUCUCUAUAUGCCAAUGAGUCCAUGUCAGAACAUGUGGGUUUUGCCCGUAUCUUCAUUGACCUGAUCAAUGAGAAUGACAACCGGCCCAUCUUCCUUAAAUCCCUGUAUAACAUCAGUCUGCCUGAGAACACACCCAGAGGAACCUCCCUCCUACGCAUCCAGGCUAUAGACGGUGACUUUGGCACGUUUGGGACAGUGCGGUAUUACUUCAGUGAUGAGCCUGAACAGUUUUCAUUGGACCCUGAGACAGGCUGGGUGCAUCUGUGGGGCAAUCUGGACUAUGAGCUGAUGCGUCGAUUCACUCUGACCGUGCUGGCCCGGGACGGGGGUGGAGAGGAGACCACGGGCAGGCUGUGGGUCAACGUUCUGGAUGUCAAUGACAACACACCCCUUUUCCAGAAGGAGGCCUACAUGGGCUCACUGAGAGAGAACGAACAGGCCGCGCAACAGGUGGCCCGAGUCAGGGCAACAGAUGAGGACUCUCCCCCUAACAACUUCCUGACCUACACCCUCACAUCAGUGUCUGCGUUCCGUGGUUACUUCAGAAUCAACAUGGUGGAGGGCUACGCAGUGAUCAGUGUGAACAGCCCUCUGGACUACGAGAUGGUCCCUGAAGGAAUGAUCUACCUGACUGUGAUGGCUAAAGACGGCGGGAACCCAUCCCUUAACAGCAGUGUCUCUGUCACCGUUGAGCUGUUUGAUGAGAAUGACAACCCGCCAAAGUUCAGCAAGCCGUCCUACCUCGUCAAGAUCCCUGAGAACAUAAUUGCAGGGGCGACGGUUGUGUUUGUGAAUGCCACUGAUCUGGAUGCCUCCCGGGAGUUUGGACAGGCCUCACUCAUCUACUCCCUACAGGGCUCCUCCCAGUUCCGCCUCAACACACGCUCAGGAGAGAUAACCACUACAGCCUUACUGGACAGAGAGCUGAAGUCAGAGUACAUCCUGAUUGUCAGAGCUGUGGACGGAGGGGUGGGGCCACUGCAAAAGACUGGCAUUGCCACGGUGAACAUCACCAUCCUGGACAUAAAUGACAAUUCCCCCAUGUGGCGAGACGAGCCCUACCACGCCAACGUGGUGGAGAUGAGCCCCAUCGACACUGACGUCAUCUCUGUGCUAGCCAUAGACCCAGAUGUUGGGGACAAUGGGACAGUGGUGUACAGCAUCAGCCCAGAGAACCCCUUCUACACCAUCAACAGCAGCACAGGCAAGAUCAGGACCAGCGGGGCCGUGCUGGACAGAGAGAGGUCCAACCCAAAAGACAUCCUGCUCAUGAGGACCAUCAUCGUGUCUGCUGUCGAUCUUGGCAGACCUCCACUGCGUUCCUCAGUCAGCACCACGGUGUAUGUCAACUUGCUGGACCUUAAUGACAAUGACCCCAUCUUCCUUAACCUGCCCUUUGUGGCCGAGGUACCAGAGGGCCUGCCUAGUGGAUCCUCUGUGUUCAAGAUCCAGGUGGAGGACCCUGAUCAGGAGGAGAAUGGUAUGGUUACCAUGGGGCUACUGGUGGGCAUGCCACGCGUUGAUUUUUAUCUCAACACCACCACGGGUGUGCUGUACUCAACGGCAACUCUGGACCGCGAGCAGAUUAGCCUGUACCACCUGAGGAUUGUGGCGUACGACCAAGGGCAGAACCCACGCACCUCCACCAGCACCCUUACCAUCACAGUCCUAGAUGCCAACGACGAGACCCCCACCUUCUUCCCCAAGGUGUACAACGUGUCCCUGCAGGAGAGCGUCCCCAGGGACCAUGUGGUGGCUCGCCUCAACUGUUCCGACAAUGAUGCUGGCCUUAACGCCGAGCUCAGCUACUUCAUCACAGGUGGUAACCAGGAUGGUAAAUUCAGUGUUGGCUUCAGAGAUGGUGUGGUUCGGACUGUGGUUGGCUUGGACAGAGAGACACAGGCUACAUACUCACUGGUCAUAGAGGCUAUCGACAAUGGUCCAGCAGGCAGCAGGAGGACAGGCACAGCCACAGUGUUUGUAGAAGUACUGGAUGUGAACGACAACAGACCCAUCUUCCUCCAGAACAGCUACGAGACCAGCAUACUGGAGAAUGUCCCCAUAGGAUCCAGCAUCCUGCAGGUUCAGGCCACAGAUUCAGACCAGGGGGAGAACGGCAGGGUUCUGUACAGGAUCCUCUCUGACAACAGUAAGGGUCUGUUCAGAAUUAAUGAGCUGUCGGGGCUUGUGAUGCGGGGCCAAAGGGCUCUGGACAGAGAGAGCAGCAGCUCCCACGUGCUGGAGGUGGAGGCCUACAACAGUGACCAGGGCAGGAUGAGGAGCUCCGUACGGGUGAUAGUAUAUGUGGAGGAUGCCAAUGACGAGGCACCAGUGUUCACCCAGCAGCAGUACAACCGCCUGGGUCUGAGGGAGACCGCUGGCAUUGGCACCUCUGUCAUCGUAGUACGAGCUACAGACCCUGACACUGGUGACGGCGGGGCGGUGGCCUACGCCCUGGACUCUGGCUCCGACCGUAAGUUUGAUGUGGAUGUGAGCACGGGCCUGGUGACCACUAUAGACUACCUAGACUACGAGACCAAGACCAGCUACCUGAUGAACGUGUCGGCUACCGACCAGGCGCCACCGUUCCACCGUGGCUUCUGCAUGGUCUAUGUGACCUUACUUAAUGAGCUGGACGAGGCAGUGGCGUUCUUCUCUGCGGGCUAUGAGGUGUCACUCCUGGAGAACAUUGCCACAGGAACGGAGGUGGUGCAGGUGCAGGCACAGUCGGCGGACAACCUCAACCAGCUGUCGUAUCGCUUUGACCCGGACACGUCGCCAGCCGCCCUUGCCCUCUUCAAGAUCGACAGUAUCACGGGCCGUAUCACAGUCACAGGGCUGCUGGACAGGGAGAAGGGGGACCUCUACACCCUGACUGUAGUGGCUGACGAUGGGGGACCCAAAAAAGACUCCACUGUGGUGUCAAUCACCAUACAGGAUGAGAAUGACAACAGUCCAGAGUUUGAUAUCACAUCUGAUUCAUUGGUGGAGAUUCCAGAGAACACACCCAUCGGGAAGAGAGUGGCUGUGGUGCUUGGGCGCGACAAAGAUGCCGGGAAAAAUGGACUGGUGUACUUCAGGCUGGUGGCAGGGAACAUGCAGGAUGUGUUUGAGAUCCGGACAGUGAACCACACCUAUGGAGAGAUCUACGUCAACUCCCCUCUGGACCGAGAGUCUGUUGACCGCUACCUGCUCAAGGUGCGUGCUAUGGACAGCGGUGUGCCUCCCCGCUACAGAGACCUCCCUCUAAUCAUCAACAUCCUGGACGUCAAUGAUAACACACCCGUCAUUGAGAGACAGGUGGGCUACAAUGUCAGUAUCAGCGAGAAUGUGGGAGGCGGUACGUCCGUCCUGCGUGUAGUGGCCACAGACCGUGACAUCGGGCCCAACGCCAUGCUCUUCUACUACAUCACCUCGGGUAACAAGGAUCUCACCUUCCGGAUGGACCGCAUGACCGGUGAGAUGGUGACACGACCAUCCCCACCUGACCGCGAGCGCCAGCAGGAGUACCGGCUGAUCAUGAUGGUGGAGGACGACGGCACGCCGUCACUAUCGUCAUCGACUACCAUCUACGUGCGUAUAGUGGAUGAGAACGACAACGCGCCAGAGUUUCCAGAGGAAGAGUAUGUGACGGUGCUGAGCGAGGGCCCCAACACCGUGGGUGCCAUUAUUGCCACGGUAACCGCCAUCGACCCAGACGAGGGCCUCAAUGGCACCCUGCGAUAUGCCAUCGUCCACGGAAACCUGGACAUCACCUUCCACAUCAAUCACACUACCGGACGGAUUGUUGCAGUGAAGGAGCUGGACUUUGAGAUCAGCAAUGGACACUACGCACUUAUCGUCACAGCAACGGACCAGUGUCCUAUCCAUGCCCUCCGCCUGACUUCCAGCACCACGGUGUUGGUGAAUGUCCUGGAUGUGAACGAUGUGACCCCCACCUUCACCAAGCCCUAUGAGGGGCCCUUUGAGAUAACAGAGGGCCAGCCGGGGCCUCGGGUCUGGACCCUCAAGGCCAUCGACCAGGACUCUGGGCUCAACGGCAAAGUGGAGUACAGCAUCACUGCCGGAGACCCCCAGAAUGAGUUUGUGGUAUCUCCAGUGGAGGGAGAGCUGCGUGUGAGGAGAGAUGUGGAGCUGGACAGAGAGACCACACCCUUCUACAACAUCACUGUCAUGGCCAAAGACCUGGGCAACCCACCACGCAUCAGCAUUGUGGUGGUGGGUGUCCACGUGCUGGACAUCAAUGACAACGACCCCAUGCUGUUGAACCUGCCCCACAACAUCAGUGUGAGAGAGGGGGCGUCCAUCCACACCUUGGUGACCACGGUCCAAGCACGGGACAUGGACAGUGGACGCAAUGCCCUGCUCACCUACAACAUCACUGCCGGAAACCACGAUGGAGCUUUCUACAUCAAUGACACUACAGGGAUGGUGCAGGUGAACAGGCCUCUGGACAGAGAAAGGGUGGGAGAGUACAGACUGACCAUCACUGUUAAAGACAACCCUGAGAAUCCCCGCAUCGCUCGCCGGGACUCAGACAUGCUGGUGAUCACAGUUCUGGAUGAUAAUGACAACAGGCCCAUAUUCACACAGACCAGCUAUCGGGCUGAGAUCACUGAGAACUCCCCCUCAGGUACCAACCUCACUGUGUUGAAUGGACCAGUGUUGGCUGAGGACAAAGACAUUGGGCCCAACGCUGUGGUCAGGUACCGUCUGCUGGGAACAAGACUGGACCUCUUCACUGUGGACUCUGAUACAGGUGUAGUUCGUGUGCGACAGAAGGCUCUGUUGGACCGCGAGGCGUUUGUGGAGCCGCGGGUGGAGCUGCUCCUGGUGGGGGAGGAUGUGGGAGGACUCAACAGCAGCGUGCCCCUUACUGUGACAAUCAUGGACCAGAACGACAACCCUCCUGUCUUUAACCCCCCCAGCCUCACUGUGCACCUCCCUGAGAACAGCCCCACUGGUGUGGUGGUGACCCAGCUGUCUGCCAGUGAUGCUGAUUCAGGCUCUAAUGCCUGGCUGCUUUACCGGCUGGAGAGCGGUGCCCAGGACCGCUUCGUAGUUGACUCCCUCUCUGGUGCCGUCCUGGUGGGAAACUCCACCCUUGACCGCGAGGAGCGUGGCUCCUACCGCCUGGUUGUCGUGGCUACUGACCGUGGCACACCCUCAUUGUCGGGAACGGCUACCCUGUCGGUCAUCCUGGAUGAUGUCAACGACUCACGACCACGUUUCCUGGAACCCGUGACAACUAUUAACAUAAACGAGUCUACACCACCGGGCGUGGUGGUGGCAACGCUCGCCGCGAAGGACCCUGACCUACGACCCCGGCUGGAAUAUUACAUCAUCUCUGUGGAGGCGAAGGAUGAUGGAAAUAACCCUGUUGGUGGGCUGCAAGAGUCAUUCGGCAUCGAUUUCCACACGGGUGCUGUGUUUGUGCGUAACCCACUCAACAGAGAGCUGGUGGCCACCUUUGAGAUUCUUGUGUCGGUGCAUGACAACGCCAGUGAUGUCAUUGACAUGUCAGUCAGCGUACCUAAUGCGAGACUGAUAGUGAACGUGCUGGAUGUGAAUGACAACGCCCCGCGGUUCAGACCCUUUGGAGUGGCCAACUUCUCAGAGAAGAUUCUGGAAGGCGCUCAGCCAGGCACCACUCUGCUGUCCGUGUCAGCUGUGGACCCAGACAAAGGCCCUAAUGGACAGGUCAUCUACCAGCUGCUACACCUGCCCAGAGGGGACUACCUCAGACUGGAGGACCCAUCAACUGGUAAGAUCGUAGCCAACCGGACAGUGGACUUUGAGCAGGUGCAGUGGCUGAACUUCACAGUGAGAGCCCAGGACCACGGCAGUCCACCCAAAGUGGCUGAGCUUCCUGUCUACCUGCGUAUAGUAGAUGUCAAUGAUAACAACCCUAUCUUUACACAACCCUCUUACCAGAAGCCAGUGUUUGAGGAUGUUGACUUGGGCACGGUCAUAGUGAGAGUCAGAGCCACAGAUGCAGACUCUGGCCUCUUCUCUGUCAUCGAGUACAGCCUAGUAGAUGGAGAGGGCAAGUUUGGCAUCACUCCCUCCACUGGUGACAUCUACAUUCUGUCUCCACUGGACAGAGAGACUAAAGACCACUUCACCCUGACAGCCAUCGCUAGGGACAACCCUGGCGGCAGCCCCAACAACCGACGAGAGAACUCUGUUCAGGUCUUGGUGACCGUUCUGGAUGUGAAUGACUUCCGUCCGCGUUUCUCAGAGCGGGCCUUUGAGACCAGUGUAUUUGAGAACGAGCCCAGUGGGACGUCUGUGAUCACGCUGACUGCCACUGACUUGGACGAGGGGCAGAACGGCCUGCUCUCUUACAGCAUGCAGGGCCCGGGGGCAGAUGCCUUCUCUCUGGAUGCUGACACAGGUCUGGUGCGUUCUCUCCGUCUGCUGCAGUCCUUUGAGCACUUUAACUUGACGGUGGUGGCUACAGACCAGGGAAGACCACCCCUCUGGGGCACCGCCACCUUACACAUCAUCAUCAUAGACGUCAACGACAACAGGCCCAUGUUUGUCAGGCCCGCCAACGGCACCAUCAUGCACAUCAUGGAGGAGCAGCCCCCAGGCCUGCUGGUGUAUGAGGUGUUUGCGACAGAUGGGGAUGAAGGGGUGAAUGGAGAGGUGCGCUAUGCCUUCCUCCAGACAGGAGCUGGGAACAGAGACUGGGAUAACUUCCACAUUGAUGCUAUUACAGGAGUCAUCACCACCGCCAUCAAACUGGACCGAGAGAAGCAAGCCCUGCACAGUCUGAUUGUUGUGGCCUAUGACCUGGGUCAGCCCGUGCCUUAUGAGACCACCCAGCCCUUACAGGUUGCGCUGUUGGACAUUGAUGACAACGAGCCUGUCUUCUUUAAGCCCCCGCGAGGCAGCCUGCCGUACCAGACUCUGUCUGUGGCAGAGCACUCUACUCCAGGGACAGUAGUGGGUAACGUGACAGGAGCUGUGGACGCAGAUGAAGGCUCAAACGCUGUAGUCUACUUCUUCAUAGCAGGGGGAGAUACUGAAGGUAACUUUGGCCUGAGCCCAGGGGGCGUACUGAAGGUGAAGAAGGAUCUGGAUCGUGAGGACAUCUCAGUGUACUCCAUCAUCAUCAAGGCCUCCAGCCACAGGAACUGGGCCCCUGCACGGGGUCAAAGGUCAGCCUGGGGAAGAGCACUUGACCCCAGCCGUGACCCAACCCUGCAGGAGGUCAGAAUCUACCUGGAGGACAUCAACGACCAGCCACCACGCUUCACCAAGCUAGAGUACACUACAGGUGUGGCUGCUGAUGCCAAGGUAGGCUCAGAUCUGAUUCGGGUACAGGCCAUAGACAACGAUGUAGGGAACAACAGUCUGGUGCUGUACCAUGUCCUGUCCAUCCGCUACAUUAAACUCCAGUCCAAUGACACUGAGGACAUAGGAAACAGCUUCAUCAUAGGAGAGACAGAUGGGAUCAUCCGUACCUAUGACCUGUUCACGGCUUACGACCCGGGCUACUUCGUGGUGGAGGUGUUGGCACGGGACCUGGCGGGCCACAGUGACAUCGCCAUGGUGGGCAUCUACAUCCUGCGGGAUGACCAGCGGGUGAAGAUCGUCAUCAACGAGAUACCAGAGCGGGUACGACAGUUCCAGGAGGAGUUUAUCAACCUGCUGUCCAACAUCACCGGAGCCAUUGUCAACACGGACGAUGUGCAGUUCCACGUGGACAAGAAGGGCAGAGUGAACUUUGCCCAGACAGAUGUGCUCAUACACGUGGUCAACAAGCACACCAACCGCAUCCUGGAUGUGGAAAAGGUGAUUCAGAUGAUUGAUGAGAACAAGGAACAGCUGAAGAACCUUUUCAGGAAUUACAACAUCCUGGAUGUCCAGCCUGCCGUCAGCGGGAGAGCACCUGAUGACCUCACUACGCUACAGAUGGCCAUCAUUAUCUUAGCUGUGUUGCUCUUCUUGGCAGCCAUGUCAUUCAUCUUCAUGAACUGGUACUAUCGCACAGUACACAAGAGGAAGCUGAAAGCCAUUGUAGCAGGAUCCACAGGGAAGCAAGGUCUCAUGGACAUCCUGGAUUUGCCCAACACCAAUAAAUACUCAUUUGAGGGGGCCAACCCUGUGUGGCUAGACCCGUUCUGUCGGAACCUGGAGCUAGCUGCCCAGGCAGAGCAUGAAGACGACCUGCCGGAAAACCUCAGUGAGAUCACUGACCUGUGGAACAGCCCCGUGCCUACUCACGGAACAUUUGGCCGCAAGCCUCAGGCCAAGCCUGAGGAUGACCGUUACCUGAGAGCAGCCAUCCAGGAGUAUGACAACAUCGCCAAGCUGGGCCAGAUCAUGAGGGAGGGGCCCGUUAAGGGCACAUUGCUCAAUGUGGUUCUGGACGACUACCUGAGGCUCAAAAAGCUCUUUGCAGCCAGACUGGUCACCAAGUCGACCAUCCAAGGCGACCAAUCGUCAGUCACAGAGCUGAUCCAGAGUGACCUGGAUGAUGACGAGGAUGAGCGAGUGGGCAUGGGUGGCAGCUGGGGUACGCUGCGCUUCAAACACAAGCUCCCCGUGGAGAUGAGGGGACCCGACGGCGUGCACGUUGUUCACGGCAGCAUGGGCACGCUCCUGACCUCUGACCUCAACAGUCUGCCUGAGGACAACCAGCUGGCCCUGGCGCGCUCCAUGGAGGCGCUUAACGCCACCGACAGGGGGCUGUACACCGAGCGCAAUGCCCGUACUGAGUCGGCCAAGUCCACGCCGCUGCACCACAACAACAAGGUCGAUGACACACUGUCCCAGAGCCCGCUGGAGAUCACGGAGUUAUGACUAGCCUCGCUGGUCUGAGAAGAUCCACCACUGAGUGGAAUGUCCUCCUGUCCCCCUGACUCUUCCUCUAUCCUCUCCUCAUAGACUGAGUGUCAGACACUGACCACUGUGACCAGUAUACAGCCAGGAGAGAUUUGGGAAAGCGGGCAGAGGGCCAGGGGUUGGAGGAGGUAGAGUGUGUGUAUAGUCUGGGAACUUCAAAUGCCAGUGAAGAUCUUUGUGAGCCAUGGAAGGUAUGUGUAAGGGAUUUUAAUUUCAUUUAAUGCCUGAUGGUGGAUCAAAUGCAUAGGCCUGUGUGUCAAUUGAAGACCUGGAACAUAAAAUAGCAAAGCAAACUGAAAGACUUCUAAGAUAAAACAUUUUGAUAAAUAGGACAUUAUGGCCAGCUUAUUAUCUCUUGCAGGAUAUUAUUUGGUCUCUUACACAUUCAGCUAAGAUCCAGGUGCCCAGCGAACAACAUUCCCACACUUUUAGAGAACAUUCCCUUAAGAGUCUCAUUAGAUCAUUACCCAGUGGUGUAAAGUACUUAAGUAAAAAUACUUGAAAGUACUUCUUAAGUCAUUUUCUGGGGGGAUAUCUGUACUUUACUUUUAAUUUUCUUUAGGAAUGUAGUGAAGUUAAAGUAUGUAUUUUUUUGCUCCAUACAUUCUCCCUGACUUCCAAAAGUACAUUACAUUUUGAAUGCUUAUCAGGACAGGAAAAUGGUCUAAUUCACACAAUUAUAUCAAGAGAACGUCCCUUGUCAUUCCUACUGCCUCUGAUCUGACUAAAUACAUGCUUUAUUUGUCAAUUAUGUCUGAGUGUUGGAGCGUGCCCCUGGCUAUCCACAUAUUUUUUUUUUAAAGUGCCGUCUGGUUUUCUUAAUGUAAGGAAUUUUAAAUGAUUUAGUAUUUACUUUUGGCACUUAAGUAUAUUUUAGCAAUUAUAAUAUUUACUUUUGAUAAUUAACUAUAUUUCAAACCUAAUUAUUUUAGACUUUUACUCAAGUAGGAUGUUGCUGGGUGAUUUUCACUUUUACUUGAGUCAUGUUCUAUUAAGGUAUCUUUACUUUAACUCAAGUAUGACAAUUGGGUACUUUUUCCACCACUGCCAUUACCUAAUGUUUUCAUAGGACUGUUCCAGUGAUGUGCAAAGACUGUUUCAUUCCCUUAAUGUCAAACAGAACUUUCCCAGAACGUAGUUUGCAUGUUCUCAGAAUAUUCAAUAUGAAUGUUCAAGACACAUUCAUUGGGAAUGUAGCAAGGACAUUCCUGUGUCCAGUUUUCUGAGGGUUAGAAUAUUCAAUCAACGUCCCACCAAACACACACAGAGCAUGGUUGCCAUGUUCUCAGAAUAUCUAAUAUUAUAAUACACUAAUUAUUCUAAACUGCAAAAGGGACUACUCGUACAUUUUUUUUUUCUUCAUUUUCAGGCUCGAAAGAAGCAUGCCGUCCUUUUACAUCCGGUAGACCACUUUAUAUUAAGCUGGGUUUUGGUUUUUCAGUUUUUGUGUUUGGAAUGGCACGGAUACUAUUGUGUCAUGUUAAUGACAUUACGGCAUAAUUUCGCUCCUCCUCCAGCCCUAUAAAAGGGACCCCUUGACCCAUCUAAAAGUAAUUCGUAGUCAAUGACAGAAAGCAUCCACAGGCCUCUACAGGAUGUCCUGGCAUUGCAGGAGAGGAGGCUGCAUGAGGCGUUAGAUAAGCCAGGUAAUUUACAGAAAGUAUUCAUACCCCUUGAUUUAUUCCACAUUUUGUUUUGUUACAGCCUGAAUUCAAAAUGGAUUCAUUGGAUUUUUUUUCCUCUCACCAACUACACACAAGUCCUGAUAAUGACAAAGUGCAAACAUUUUUUUUGAAUUUUUGAGCAAAUUUGUUGAAAUUGAAAUACAGAAAUACAGUACCAGUCAACUACUCAUUCAAUAGUUUUUAUUUUUACUAUUUUCUACAUUGUAGAAUAAUAGUGAAGACAUCAAAACUAUGAAAUAACACAUUGAAUCAUGUAGUAUCCAAAAAAGUGUUAAACAAAUGUAAAUAUAUUUUAUAUUUGAGAUUCUUCAACGUGGCCACCCUUUGCCUUGAUGACAGCUUUGCACACUCUUGGAAUUAUCUUAACCAGCUUCAUGAGGUAGUCACCUGGAAUGCAUUUCAAUUAACAGGUGUGCCUUGUUAAAGUUAAUUUGUUGAAUUUCUUUCCGUCUUAAUGCAUUUCAGCCAAUUAGUUGUGUUGUGACAAGGUAGGGGUGGUAUACAGAAGAUAGCCCUAUUUGGUAAAAGACCAAGUCCAUAUUAUGGCAAUAGCAGCUCAAAUAAGCAAAGAGAAACAACAAUCCAUCAUUACUUCAAGACAUGAAUGUCAGUCAUUGCCGAAAAUUUCAAGAACUUUCUUCAAGUGCAGUCGCAAAAACCAUCAAGCGCUAUGAUGAAACUGGCUCUCCUGAGGACCGCCACAGAAAGGAAGACCCAGAGUUACUUCUGCUGCAGAGUUAACUGCACCUCAGAUUUUAGCCCAAAUAAAUGCUUCACAGAGUUCAAGUAACAGACAUAUCUCAACAUCCAUUGUUCAGAGAAGACUGCGUGAAUCAGGCCUUCAGGUUAAAUUGCUGCAAAAGAAACCACUACUAAAGGACACCAAUAAUAAGAAGAGACUUGGGCCAAAAAAUACGAACAAUGGACAUUAGACCGGUGGAAAUCUGACAUUAGACUGGUGGAAAUCUGUCCUUUCGUUUGAUGAGUCCAAAUUUGAGAUUUGUGGUUAAACCGCUGUGUCUUUAUGAGACACAGAGUAGGUGAACGGAUCAUCUCUGCAUGUGUGGUUCCCACCGUGAAGCAUGGAGGAAGUGUGAUGGUGCUUUGCUGGUGACACUGUCAGUGAUUUAUGUAGAAUUCAAGGCACACUGAACCAGCAUGGCUACCAUAGCAUUCUGCAGCGAUACGCCAACCCAUCUGGUUUGAGCUUAGUGGGACUAUACUUUUUAUUUCUCAACAGGAUAAUAACCCGAAACACACAUCCAGGCUGUCUGUGUAAGGGCUAUUUGACCAAGAAGGAAAGUGAUGAAGGGCCACAUCAGAUGACCUGGCCUCCACAAUUACCCCAACUCAAUUGAGAUGGUUUGGGAUGAGUUGGACCGCAGCCAACAAGUGCUCAGCAUAUGUAGGAACUCCUUCAAGACUGUUGGAAAAGCAUUCCUCAUGAAGCUGUUUGAAAGAAUGCCAAGAGUGUGCAGAGCUGUCAUCAAGGCAGUGUGGCUACUUUGAAGUGUUUUUUACAUUGGAUAAAAGCAGACACAGAACUAUUAAAUGGUAUAUCAUACACUGCAUUUGAGGAACAUCGGGAAAGUAAUUCUGCUUUGAAAGCUAAUACAUUUGUAUUCUCACUUACGAGAAACGUCCUAACAGCAGCAGUCAAGCACCCAAGCUAAGUUGUCACAAUGACAUUCUAUAAAAUGGAUACUUGCAAAAUGGAGUAUUUUGUUAAGACAUGUAGCUAGCUAGCUAGCUAAACAAUUAACCAUAAUCCCAACUCAUGGCGUUACUACCCUAACAGCUAACAUCAGGCUAUAACUAGCCAAGCAAAUGUCUCUGAGAUACGAAUAAUAAGAUCAUAAAUGUAACGUUAGCUAGCGAGUCAGCCAGCUAACGUUAACUAGCUAGCCAAGCAUACAUUUUAACUUGAAAUUAAAAGACAAAGUCAAAAUUUUAAAUGUGUCAUAUCCUCAAAUGUAGCUAGUUAGACUCUCUUACCUGUAUACAUCAUGGUUGAACGCUUCUCCCUGUCACGGAUGCCCUGGUUGCCCUUAGUUUGAAAAUGUAAUCCGGAGACAGGUAUUUUCUCCAUUUCCUUAGCUAUCAUACUCUAAUUCCACUGAUUUCUAAACUCAGUCCUCCAGAAAGUGGAGAACAACACUUAUGCAGUUCUACUAAGCAUUAUAUAUAUUUUUAAAGCUGCGUCAGACAGGAUUACCUACACAUACUGACCAGCUCAAAUAGACAGAAGCGUGCUAUGUGGCAGUCCUAACUCAUCUCUCGGCAUGUCCAUCCCACUCAUUAUCUCAGCCAAUCAUGGCUAGCAGGAAGGUUGUCAUUUUCUGUGCUAAACCAACAAUACUUGAAAUGUAACAAUUGUAUUAGUAUUUAAAGAUUCCAUACACGUUUGUUAUUAAGGCACAUGAAAGUUCACAUGUUGCAGAAGGCAUUUCUGCAAAAAAAAAAAAAAAAUUUAAUAAAAAAAUAUUACAUUCAAAUGGCUCGUGUGAAGUAGUGACCCGCGACGUACGCCUAGUUUCCUGAAACGGUUCACAUUUAACACUUUGUGGGUUACUACAUUAUUCAAUGUGUGUUAUUUCAUAGUUUUGAUGCCUUCACUAUUACUCUAUAAUGUAGAAAAUAUUUUUAAAAUGAAGAGAAACCCUGGAAUGAGUAGAUGUGUCCAAACUUUUGACUGGUUCUGUAUCUCAUUUACAUAAGUAUUGACACCCCUAUCCAAUACAUGUUAGGAUCACCUUUGUCAGCAAUUCCAGCUGAGUCUUUCUGGGCUUCCUUUCUUUCUAAGAGCUUUGCACACCUGGAUUGAACAAUAUUUGACCAUCAUUCUUUCAAAAUUCUUCAAGCUCUGUCAAAUUAGUUGUUUAUCAUUGCUAGAUAACCAUUUUCAAGUGUUGCCAUUGAUUUUCAAUCAGAUAAGGUCAAAAUUGUAACUCGGCCACUCAGGAUUAUUCACUGACUUCUUGGUAAACAACUCCAGUGUAGAUUUGGCCUUGUGUUGUUUUAGGUUAUUGUCCUGCUGAAAGGUGAAUUAAUCUCCCAGUAUGUAACGUUGUGCACUGAGAGUCGGGAAGCAAGUUCAGGGAGUGAAUAAACAAAACAUAACACAAAACAAGAAACACGAACAACGCACAGACAAGAAACAGAAAGAAUAAAGCCUGGGGAAGGAACCAAAGAAAUCAUACAAUGUGAUUUUCUGGAUUUUUGUUUUAGAUUCCGUCUCUCACAGUUGAAGUGUACCUAUGAUUAAAAAAAAUGACAGAUCUCUACAUGCUUUGUAAUUAGGAAAACCUGCAAAAUCGGCAGUGUGUUAAAUACUUGAUCUCCCCACUGUGAAGGUAAUCAGGGAAGUGAUGGAGUCCAGGUGAGUCUGAUGAUGCGCAGGUGCACGUAAUGAUGGUGACAGGUGUGCGCCAUAACGAGCAGCUUGGUGACCUAGAGGCCAGAGAGGGAGCACAUAUAACACAGUAUCUGGUGGAAAACAGACAAACAGGUUUUCCUCAAGGAUUUUGCCUGUGCUUAGCUCCAUGCCAUUUCUUUUUAUCCUAAAAAAAACUCCCCAGUCCGUAACUAUUACAAGCAUACCCAUAACAUGAUGGAUCCACCAAUAUGCUUGAAAAUAUGGAGAGUGGUUCUCAGUAAUGCAUUGGAUUGGAUUGGAUUUGCCCCAAACAUAACACUUUGUAUUCAGGACAGUUAAUUGCUUUUUUCAGUAUUGCUUUAGUGCCUUGUUGCAAACAGGAUGCAUGUCUUGGAAUGCUUUUAUUCUGUACAGACUUCUUUCUUUUCACUCAAUUAGGUUAGUAUUGUGGAGUAACUACAAUGUUGUUGAUCCAUCCUCAGUUUUCUCCUAUCACAGCCAUUACACUUUGUAGCUGUUUAAAGUCAACAUUGGCCUCAUGGUGAAAUCCCUGAGUGGUUUCCUUCCUCUCCGGAAACCGACGUAGGAAGGACACCUGUAUCUUUGUAGUGACUGGGUGUAUUGAUACACCAUCCAAAGUGCAAUUAAUAACUUCAACAUGCUCAAAGGGUAGGCCGUCAUUGUAAAUAAUAAUUUGUUCUUAACUGACUUGCCUAGUUAAAUAAAGGUUAAUAAACACAUUAAUAAAAAUAAAAAGGGAUAUUCAAUGUUUGCUCUUUUUUUUACCAGCUACCACUAGGUGCCCUUCUUUGCGAGGCAUUGGAAAACCUCGCUGGUCUUUGCAGUUGAAUCUGUGUUUGAAAUGCACUACUUGACUGAGGGACCUUACAGAUAAUUGUAUGUGUGGGGUAUAGAGAUGAGGUAGUCAUUCAAAACUCAUUAAACAAAACUCAUUAAACACUAUUAUUGCACACAGAGUGAGUCCAUGCAAAUUAUUAUGUGACUGGUUAAGCUCAUUUUUACUCCUGAACUUAUUUAGGCUUGCCACAAAGGGGUUGAACACUGAUUGACUCAAGACAUUUCAGCUUUUCAUUUUUAAAUAAUGUGCAAAAAAUAUUUUUAAACACAAUUCCACUUUCACAAUAUGGGGAAUUGUGGGUAGGCCAAUGACAAAAACAUCUCCAUUUAAUCUAUUUUAAAUUCAAUCAAGGGGUGUGAAUACUUUCUGAAGGCACUGUACCUGACCUAACACCCCCUCCCGGUUCUCCCUCCUGACCCCUGAGAUGUUAAAGUCUUCAUAAAUAAAAGAUGGGCUUUUAACUAAAACUGUUAUGACUUUGUCUUUUUAUUAUUAGAUUUUGUUAAAAGUUUAUUUUAGGCAGUAGAUAAUAGCCUAAUAAUAUUGUAGCCUUGUAGAUGGGUGGGUGAUUCACCAGGAAUUUAUGGACUAUACGUGGGGUGUGUGGGGACCACAAUGAGUGUGGUCAAGAUGUAUGAAAUGCAGAGGGUAAAGUUAACAUGGGAUAUUUGUACAUCGGCAGUAACAUUGUCAGACUCACUCAGUGGGAUUAUUGGGAUUGCGCCGUAUCAACCAGCUGGUUUUCAAUGAAAACAUUGCAGACAACUGGAUUUUUUUUUAGAAGGAAUGGUGGAUUUACUGCAAUGAGGGUCUAUCGGACAAAACAAAGAGGUUCAAGUGUGCACUCUACUUAACCUGGCUGGACCGGACACCAUGGAAAAUCAUUUGUCUUUGCAGAGGAAGAGAAUCAUGAGGAGGUAUUGUUGACAAAGUUUGAACAGAUACUGUAUGUCUCCAAGUGAAAAAUGUAAUAAUGGACAGACUCGUUAAAUUCUACAAACCGAAAACCUGAUGAAUCUAUUCAGUCCUAUACAUCUAUGCUGAGAAUAC